AUGGAUCCGACACUCUUGGUUGGGGAUAUCGUGGAGAGAGAUGUUGCUGAUAUCAAGAAGCCCAGUUUCCCGACUGCGCCGCCGACAACAACGGGCUUCCCGCAACAUAAAAAGCGAUGGACGGGCUCCGCCUUCAAACAACGGCGUACCAAGGCAGCUACCACCGAAACGACAAAUGAUUCCAAGUCAAAUAACGCGGACAACGGUCUAGCAAAUACGAUCAAGGAUAAUCACCAGAGCUUUGAAGAGAUCGAAAAGAAGCGAAUAGACCAGGAGAACAGGUCGAGGCUGGACGCCAUGACCCCGCAAGAGAUUGCGCAGGCGCAGGAGGAUCUCAUGAAUGGACUGAAUCCUGCUCUGGUUCAACGGCUUUUGCAGCGCGCACGGAUUGACGAACCUACUGGCCCAUCUCCGUUUGAUCCACCGCCUUCGGAAGAACGGGUAAAGGAGCCACCGACGAGGACAGAUCUGGGAUCCGAGGCUAGUGAGCCGGAGCGCAAGCCAGCAGAGGCCAAGAAGGUCUCGUUUCAAGACGUGCCCGAGGACUUUGACGAAGACCGAGAGCCAGCGCAGAUCCCAGACGACUUGAUGGCGGCGACGGACCUUCGCAACGAAUCGACGCACUUUCCCGGGCCGCCCAAGGUGUCCGACCUGGACCCGGCCGAUCCGAACUUUCUCGAGAACCUGCACAAGAAGUACUUCCCGGACCUGCCGGCGGACCCGAGCAAGCUGGCGUGGAUGGCACCGAUCCCGAGCGAGGGCAGCGUGGCGGACCAGGAGUCAAGCUACUACCCGCACCCGGAGAUUGCGGUGUCGGCGCUGCGGUUCGACUUUCGCGGGCGGUUCUUGUCGCCGCGGGUGAGCCGGGCGAUACCGUCGUCGCGCGGGCUGCACCACCACGGGGAGGCGCCGGAGGCGGCGGGCUACACUGUCGCGGAGCUUGCGCGGCUGGCGCGAAGCGCGGUGCCGUCGCAGCGGUGCAUGGCGUUCCAGACGCUAGGGCGCAUCCUGUUCCGGCUGGGGCGCGGGGACUGGGGCGUGUCGGUGGACGACACCAUCGCCAUGGGCGUGUGGAGGGCGGUCAAGGAGGGCAGGGUGCUGGACACGCUCAACGAGGCGGCCAUGGUGGAGGGCGGGCACAGGGGCAGCAAGGCGUACGCGAUGGAGGCGCUGUGGCUGUUUGAAAAGGGCGGGUGGAAGGAAAAGGUGAAGGGGCGAUGA